UUCUCAACAGGGUAAGCUUUCGUUUUGAUAAUUUUUUUUUUUGUUAACAAAAAUUGUGGGCUCAAAUGAUAUUUCUCCAACGAUAUGUCAGUUUCACACCCCUUUGCCUUCUUUUGGGUUGCUUUUCUUAUUAUCAAUGGCCUAACUCUAAUUGUUCUUUCUAGUUUCUUUGUUAUUACGAAAUUGGUACCUGUUGUUCAAUGACUUCUCUCAUUCCAUUAGCGUAAUCCAACCCUUUGUUUUUCUAGAAUUUGCAUCACUGACAGAAUAGCAGUUGGGUUGCUAUUAUUUUAGUUGUAAGAUUGAUGAAGACAUGGAUUAUCAAAGAACUCACAAAAUGAAAAUGUUGCAGAGAAUACAAUAGGAAAAGAAAUGGCUGAGAAGAGAGCAAGUACUAUGAGCUUGGAGCUUGCAAUCCAAAGAGAGCUGGCAUAUAGAAGGAAGAUUGAAGAGUUGCAAUUGCAACCAUAUGUUGACUUGGGAGAUGAAACAAUGCCAAUGCAGGUGCAAUUUCCAAGUCGAAAACCUUCAAGACCAGAUCAGGAUUCCACUCCGGGGCUAUCUGGAAGAGAGCAUCUAGCAUCAUUGAGCAGCCAUGAUUGCCAGCCAAGUCCAAGUCCAAGACCAAAUCAGAAUCCUUCUUCAAGGCGAAAUAUCUGUUCCAGUCCUAGGAUUUCUGAGAGAAACCAACUAGCAUCUUCAAGCAUGAGCCCAUCUCAACAGCUGCAACUAUUUAAGGGUUGCAAUCUCAAUCAUCAGUCCCUCAAUUUUUUCUGUGAGGUCUGCCAAGUGCCUUGCUCAGGUUCCCUUAACUAUAAGCUACACAUAAAUGGUAAAAAGCACAAAGUUAAGUUCCAAGAACUAAAAUUUGCUAGGAAAGAUGGUAAUGACACUUGUGCAAUGGCAAACCAGAAAUCAUGGUGCAAAUUGUGUAAAAUUUGGUGCACAGAUGACAAUUUGCUGAAGCAGCACUUAGCAGGAAAGAAGCACAAGAAAAUGCAAGAAAAACUGGAACUUUCUACAACAGUUGAAGGUGACAAAGUAGAGGAGCAGAACUGGUGUGAAUUGUGUGGCAUUGGAUGCUCAAGUAAAGAGUUACUCCAGUUGCAUUUCAAUGGCAAGAAGCAUCAGGCUGAAUUAAGAAAGCUAGAAUGUGGCCAGAAAGUAGGUGGUGAAGAAGCACAAAAUCAGCCAAAGAGACGUAAAUUGUGUAAUACUUGGCGUGCAGACAAUAAUUCAUUGCAGAUGCACCUGAUGAAGAAAAACAUUUCUUACAUGAAGUAGAGGUGAAAAAGAGACAAUGGCAAGACUUAAUCACAGAUGAAGCAAAUAGUUAGAUGACAAACUAAGAAAUGGAGCAUGACUGGAAGAUAAAUUUGUUUCGCUUUGGCAGCUUGUAAAAGCAGCAACCAUAUUUACUGUAUCAUGCUUUUUCAUGCUGAAUAUGGAUGGUCGUAAAUUUGAACUUUGGUUCUAGUUUUAUC